UUGACAACGUUUCUAACUGAACCAGGGUUGACCAUGACCUGCUGUGAAGGAUGGACAUCCUGCAAUGGAUUCUCCCUGCUAGUUCUUCUGCUCUUAGGAGUAGUUCUCAAUGCGAUACCUCUAAUUGUCAACUUAAUUGAGAAAGACCAGUUUUCUCAAAACCCCAUCUCUUGCUUUGAGUGGUGGUUCCCAGGAAUUAUAGGAGCAGGUCUGAUGGUCAUUCCAGCAACAAUAAUGUCCUUGGCAGCAAGAAAAAGAGCGUGCUGCAACAGCAGAACUGGCAUGUUUCUUUCAUCACUUUUCAGUGUAAUCACGAUCAUUGGUGCUGGGUAUUGCGUUGCGAUAUCCACCCUGGCUCUCUUAGAAGGUCCUUUCAUGUGUAAUUCUCAAGUCAACAGUACUGCCAAUUGUGAAUUUUCACUGACAAACAUCAGUUACAUUCAUCCAGAAUCCUUCAACUUGCAGUGGUUCUUUAAUGACACUUGUGUACCUCCUACUGACUUCAAUAACCCCACCAGUAAUGACAUCACGGCCAGUGGCUGGAGAGCAGCUAGUUUGCACUUCAAUUCUGAAGAAAACAAACACAGGCUUAUCCACUUCUCAGUAUUUGUAGGUCUAUUGCUUGUUGGAAUUCUGGAGUUCCUGUUUGGGCUCAGUCAGAUAGUCAUUGGUUUUCUUGGCUGUCUGUGUGGAGUUUCUAAGCGAAGAAGUCAAAUUGUGUAGUUAAAUGGGAAUCAAAUGUAAGUAUCAGUAGUCUGAGUAAUUUGAGAAGUACACUUGUUUUCAAAGUCAUCUUUCAGGGGACUUAAAAACUCAACCUUUCACAUAGAAAGCAUGUUGUAAAGGUAUAAUGCUUUCAAACUGUUGAUUGAUUUGGGAAAGGUGGAGAGAAUUUUCAAUUAGUUUUGUAUCGUGCUAUUCAAAAAUUUUACCUCUUCAUUCUUUGUGUGUGGAGAAGGGAGGGAAGACGAGAAGGAAUAGAAGUCAUUCUCAAAAUAAAGUAUGAGACCUUUUUUUUUUGAGACAGUGUCUCUAAAAAGGCUGGAGUGCAGUGGUACCAUCUCAGCUCACUGCAGCCUCAACUUCCUGGGCUCAGGUGAUUCUCCCACCUCAGCCUCCCUAGUAAUAGGGACUACAGGCACGUGCCAUUAUACCAAGCUAAUUUUUGUAUUUUUAGUAGAGAUGGGUUUUUGCCAUGUUGCCCAGGCUGGUCUCGAACACAUGGACUCAAGUGAUCUGCCUGCCUCAGCCUCCUAAAGUGCUGCAAUUACAGGUGUGAGCCACAGUGCCCAAAGUACAAGACCUUUUUAUUGUAUUUCUUUAAAGAAUAAACAUAUAACCUGAAUGUUAUCAAGCCUUUAGAUCUAAUUCUCAGCUUGCAGGAAACACUCAGAUGAAUCUAAAAAGUGGGUCGGUAGACAAAGAAUGGCCCCAUUUUCAACAAGAAAAUAUUAUAAAAGAAAAAUAUUUUUGAGGAAACUGUUCCAGAUUAAGAGAAUAGAGACAUGUUUCAGCUAAACACAUGUAAACUUUGUCAGAGAUAAAGGGAAGAAUACGAAGAAUUGGAUUAGAUGAUAUUAAAGAAUUAUUAAUUUUGGUAGCUCUGAUAAUGGUUUUAUAUUAUACAGGCUGAGUAUCCCUCAUCCAAAGUGACUGAGAUCAGAAGUGUUUUAGCUUUCAAAUAUUUUUGGAUUUUGGAAUUAUGCAUAUAAUAAUGAAAUAUCUUGGGGAUGGGAUACAAGUCUAACCAUAAAAUUCAUUUAUGUCUCAUACAUACUUUACACACCUGGCCUGAUGGUAAUUGCACACAAUAUUUUAAAUAAUUUUGUGCAUGAAACAAAGUUUUGACUGCAACUCAUCACAUGAAGUCAGGUGUGUGAUUUUCUGCUUGUGAUGUUAUGUUAGUAGCUCAAAAAGUUUUGGAUCUUGGAGCAUUUUGGAUUUUGAAUUUUGGGGUUAGUGAUGCUCAACCUGUAUACAAAAAUGUCUUUUUUUUCUUUUUAAGAAAUGCAUAUUUAUACAUUUGGUGAGAAAAUAAAUUUAAAAAUACUUCAACCAAAACUGUGAAGCAAUGGAAAAAUGUUUACUGUUAUAUUUAAGUGAUAGGUACAUGGCAAUUCAUUAUACUCUUCUAUUUUCCGAUGUUUACAUUGAUCAUUAAUUAAAAAACAAUACCUAGAAAACCUUAGUUUUUCAAAAGCUGUUUUCUAUAUGUGCCAAUCUUUAAAAAACAGGAUAACAAAUGUAUUUAUCAUAUUAAAAUGUUAUAAAACAAUAAAACUAAAA